GCGGCACCGCCCGGGCAGGAGCGCAGGGCGCAGAGCGCAGGGCGCAGGGCGCAGGGCGUCGGCGAGGCUCCGGGAGAGGCAGUCCGGAGCCCGGGCACCCCGCGGCCGAGCGAGCGAGCGAGCGAGCGGCCCCGGCCUCGGACCGCGCCUGCCGGGCGCCCCCGCGAUGAGCGCGGCGCCGGACAACCGCACGGACGCGGCGGGCCUGCUGCUGGCCCGGGGCGGCGAGGCGCUGGCGCGCGCGGUGCGGUGCUGCACGCAGGCGUCCGUGGUGACCGACGACGGCCCCGGGCCCGGCCCCGGCGGCCCGGACGAGCGCAGCCUGUACGUCCUGCGCGUGGUGCAGAUCGCGGUCCUGUGCGUGCUGUCGCUCACCGUGGUCUUCGGCAUCUUCUUCCUCGGCUGCAACCUCCUCGUCAAGUCCGAGGGCAUCAUCAACUUCCUGGCGAAGGACCGCAGGCCGUCCAAGGAGGUGGAGGCGGUGGUCGUGGGGCCCUGCUGAGCGCCGCCCGCCCGAGCCCCGGCUGCCCCGGACCGUCGCCUUCCGGAGUGAAGCGCCCGGUGCCCGCGGCGAGCGGCGGGCCGGGCGGUCGGGGCGCCGGACUCUGGACGCUGCGGGAGCGCGGGGCCGACCGGGCGCGGCCCUUGGGUGGGGGCAG